UAUUGGUUGAGCCCCGGAAACAAGAAUCUGACUCUCUCUGGGGUUAAAUCAUUCUUUUCUUCUCUCGGUUCCCGAUUGAUAGAAGGGGAAUAAUACAACAGGCAGCGAGAGAGAGAGGAGGGAGGAUGUUGUGCUGGGGGGAGUUGGGCUCAGGGAGCGGACAGAAUCCGUGCUGUCAGUCAGAGGAGAUUCUCAAAGGAGAGAGAGUUCAUCAUGUUUGCAGCCGGGAAGGAGUCACUGUGUUUGUGUUGGAAAACGGAAAAGUUUACACCAAAGCCCGCGGACGGAAGCGAAAAUCAAAAUCAGGAAGUUUUGUUCACUUCAAAGAGCAGAAAAUUCAUUUUGCCGACUGUGGGUCAUCCCACAUCCUGUUCCUUUCUAAGGGCGGAAGUCUUUAUUAUAGUGAAGUAAACUCAAAGCAACUUGAAGCUCAGGCAAAGGAGUUCUCCAUACUGAAACCACAGUUACUUAAGGGUUUGAAUGACAGAAGAGUCAUUCAAGUGGCCUGUGGAAACAAUCACUCACUGGCAUUGGCCAAAGACGGUCAACUCUUUGCCUGGGGACAGAACACUUAUGGCCAGCUCGGUCUUGGUACAACAGAUGCCUCGCAGCACAAUCAUCAGCGUGUGAUGUCCCUCAUUGGGAUGCCAGUGGCUCAGAUCGCUGCGGGAGGAGAACACAGCUUCGCCCUGUCUCUCUCUGGGGCUCUGUUUGGAUGGGGAAGAAAUAAUCACGGACAGCUGGGACUCAAGGACACAGAGGAUAGACAUAAGCCCAGCCGCAUAAAGCUGUUGGAUUGUAAGAAGGUUGUCCAUGUCGCUUGUGGAGAAGAGCACACUGCUGUUCUGACCAAGGAUGGGCUUGUUUACACCUUUGGAGCAGGGCGUUAUGGGCAACUUGGACACAACUCUACAGAGGAUGAGACUAAACCUCAUCUGGUCGGCUACCAGAUUUUUGGAAAGAAAGCUUCUCAAAUAGCUUGUGGAAGUUACCACACACUUGUCUUUGUUCAGUCCUCUGGGAAGAUCUAUUCCUUUGGUCGUGGAGACAAAGGGCAACUUGGAAAUAGAGAAACCAAAGAUCAGCUAGUGCCUCUUCCCAUCAACAUCAUGGACAUCGUCAACAAUAAUGGAAAUGGAAACAAUCAUGAAGCAAGGUCAGUUGUGAGGAUAUUUGCAGGAGGAAACCAAAGUUUUGCAGAGUGCAAUCGUGCAGUGGAUUUGGCGUCCUCUACUGACCAGUCUGCCCUCUCCACUCUCAAUGCUUUCAGGCGAAUUGUGACAGUGGACAAUUUACUGGAGCAGGAAUUGAACAAAAACAAGAGAAGGGCAAUCAUUCGGGCAUUUUCUUCUCCUCAAGUUCUGUGUGGAAGUUUCCUGGAUGUCAGCAAGAAUGGCCAUUUCAAAAUGAAUGGAGAGACGUCUGGCCUGGAUUUGUCUGCAAUAUAUCAGUGCUUUGUGAAUUUGGCAAAGAACUCCUUAACUUUGCAGGUGAAGAAGGCAGUUGAGAAUAACCUGAUCCCAUCGUUACCCCGAUCUCCGACUUGUGUGGAAACAUUGCGAGUUUACAUUAUAAUACCAGAACUCAUUGCGGUUCUGACAGAGCCAAGGGACUCCGCAUUGCUGCUGCAACAUUUAAACAGAUCCAUUCUCUCACUUGAAGAGAGUUAUUUUAAAAUUCUUGAAUGCUGGUGGUGUACAAUGCCUUAUCAUUUCUUCAUGCGCCUUGUGAGGAUGUAUCAGAAGGAAUCAUGUCACCUUCUUCAACUCACAAUGACAGGCACCUCAUCAUGCAAUCCCCAACUACACAGUUCAUUGAAAAUCUUACAAACACUUUAUAAGGUAAACUUGAACAGAGAUGUAAAGAUUCUUGAAGGAAAUUUCUACAUUCCUGUCAUGAAGGUGUUGAAGGACUCUUUAACAUUAAUGAAUGGCUUUAAUGUUCCACAAAUUCACCCUCAGUCCUACUUCACAGCACUUCGCAUGGUUGCACAGCAAUUAAAGCCAUAUCCAUGCAUCUUUGAUUUGGAAACAAAACUUGCAUUAUUGAAUCUGGAAUGCAGAAUACUUCAAAAUAAACAGGUCUUUCCAAUACUACAGCUCCAGGUUUCAAGGGCAUCAAUUUUUCAGGACGCACUGCAAGGCUUAAAGGCUCAACCAGCUGCUUAUUUUACAACAAUUCAGGUCAGGUUUAAUGGUGAACCAUGUUAUGGCCAUGGGGUAUCUCAGGAGUUCUUCACCCUCUUUACUCAAGAACUGUACAGCAAUGGACGGCUAUUCAAACCCAAGAAAUGUUCUAAGCUACUUUGGUUCCCUAAGUUGGUACAGGAACCAGAAAUGGAUGAAGCAUUUUAUUUGGUGGGAAUUCUCUGCCAAUUUGCUGUAUCCAAUGGUUUUAUUUGUAAUUUUCACUUCCCAUUGGCUUUGUACAAAAAGCUGCUCAAUGUGCCACCAACAUUGGAUGAUCUGAAGGAACUUUCACCAACCCUGGGAAAAUCACUCCAGGAUGUCCUUGACUAUGAGUAUGAUGACAUUGAAGACAUAUAUUGUCAGGAUUUUACUAUCAACAAAAAAACAGCAGAUGGCAACAUAAUUCAGCAGGAACUCAUUCCUAAUGGUAGCAAUAUACUUCUUCAAAAGCAUAAUAGAAAACAGUAUGUUGAUGCUGUGGUGGAUUAUAAGCUAAACAUAUCAGUGAAGAAACAAUUUGAAGCCUUUUCUGGAGGUUUCUGGAGCGUACAUUCACUGCCAAUUGUGGACACAUUCCUACCUGAAGAACUAAGAGACGUUAUCCAGGGGAACACCAAAUACGAGUGGGAGUUGCUGGAACAGAAUGCAAAAUACUGUGAUUACCAACAAACUGACAGCGCAGUUAGGAAUUUUUGGAAAGUCUUUGCAAGCUUACCAGAAGAGAAGAAAAAGCGGUUUCUUGCUUUUCUGUCAGGAACUGACAGAAUCCCAGCAGGAGGGAUUCGGAAUUACUGUAUUACGAUUUUGAAAAGCCGGACCAAUGAACCAGAUUCCUCGUAUCCUCGUGCCUACACCUGUAGCAUGACCUUGGACCUCCCCAACUAUAGCAGCAUCAAAAUAUUGAGUGAAAAAUUACUUCAUGCAAUUGAAUUCAGUGAAGAAUUCAAUGCACAACCACCCUAAUAUUUGCAGCCAGGGCUUUGGUUUCAUUAAUCUGAGUGAUGUUGGCGGUUUACUAAAGAAAUCUGACUCAAUACAAUAAAUUGCAUUUGUUUCAUUACACACAUCUAAAGCAUCUAGUACUCAUAUGGUGUUGCUGUACUUUAAAUCUCCUCUACUCAAACGAACAAUAUAUGACAUGUAGUGGCAAGACCAACAUUUAUUUCCUAAUCCUAAUAUCCCUCGAGAGGGUAGUGGUGAGACAACAAAGUCACUUCAUCAACUAUUUGAAAGGGCAGCUUAAGAGACAUUUCCUUAAGUCUAUAGCCACAUAUAGUUGAGACCCCACAAAGGCAGCAGCUAUUUCUGAAUCACAGUCAUAGUCCACUCGUUUCACUUUUUAUUUUAUAUGUAUUUCAUUGAAUUUAGAAUUCUAGCUUCUGUGGUGAGAUUUGAAGUUAUGUCUGUCAAAUGCAAGCCUUUGGAUAACUGGACCGUUCAUGCAAUCACUAAGUUUUUGUACCCUAUAUUCAGUCAUGUGCUGUACCUAGCCGUAGGAAUGACACCAAUACAACAGAACUGGUACGAAGGCCGGGGAGGGGGUACAUAUUACAUACAUGUUGAGGAAGGUUUUGUGACUGCUAGUGGUAUGACCAAUGUUUACAUUAAUCUUCAUUAACAAAAAUGGAUGUGAUAACACAAUAAGUGGAGCAAAUAUAUAAUCUAUUUGGAGAAAUUCAAGGGUGGGUGCUGCAGUUAUUACAAAUUGUAGCAAACAGAACCAGUACAACGUCAUGUCAGAUAAAAUAACAUUGAAUGAACACCAAAGAAAUUGGCCUUUUAUUGUAUCCUCCCCAGACCAACAUCUGCACUCAAAAUGAGCUGCCAUCCAAUUAUUCUUCAUGUAACUCUAAUCAGCAUAAUUAUUUGAGGCUGUCUGUUUCAUGUAUUUAACAACACCAGCACUAUGACCAUCAAUUAAUUACCAUCCAUAUUAUUUAUCUCAGGUUUGUAAAUAAUUAGUUUAUGGAAUUCGAGUGUUGCUUGUCAAGGCCAACACAUAUUGCUGAUCUCUAGUUUUCCUGGAGAAGGUGACAGUCAGCUGUUUCUUGAACCCCCACAUUCCAUUUUAUGUAGGUGCACCCAUAGUGCCUGCCAUUAGGACAGGAGCCCAUCACCUUUGGCAGAGAGUUCCAAAUUCUCACCACUAUCUGGGUGAAGAAGCUUCUUCUGAGUUCCAUUCGAUUUCUUGAUGACAAUUUUACAUUGAUGGACUUUAGCAAUUUUUCCACAAAUGGAAACAAUCUGUACUUCAGCAAAGCCUUUCAACAUCAAAAAGGCAGCCACCGGGCACCAUUUUUCAAGAAAAAGAGUCACAGCCUGUUUAACCUUUACCAUUGAAUGUAGGGUCACAUUUUUUGCACUGUCUUUAGCUCGUUAAUAUGCUACUUUUAUAAUGUGACAGUACUGUACAAAUUUGUGAUUCUUAAUUUUUAAUAUAUUAAUUCCUGACCACUUUUUUUCUCCCAGAAUGUAAUGUCUCAGUUAUCUGGUGUGAAACUCGUUACCAAUGAUACUCUCAUUCUGUAACUUUAUUCUGCAUGCUGUUAAUUGUUCAUUUGAACCACAUUUUUACCAAAGUUACUUGAAGAAUCUGGA